CUUCAUCUUAUCCCUCGAUUCCGAUGUUGUUGAUCAAAUUAUACAUCAUACCUUGACUCCCAUGACCGCCUUCUGUCCGUUUUGACAGUCUGAGCUCUUUACAUACGAACCAUUUGGGAAGAUUCACGCUGAACAGUGUCAGUCAACAUGAGCCAUUUACCGACGGCUAUUCCCCAAGGCUCAUGGGUCCUCGUGACAGGAGCGAAUUGUUACACCGGCAGCCAUGUGGUCAUAGAGCUUCUGAAGCAAGGCUUCAAAGUGCGUGGGACAGUGAGAGAUCUCUCAUAUAGCAAGUGGCUCCUCGAGCACCCAUCUGUGAAGCCGCACACAGACGAAGGAAAAGUGGAAUUGGUUGUCGCAAACACAUCAAAGCCCGGAGAUUUCGAUGAGGCGGUGAAAGGUGUCUCGGCUAUUAUUCAUCUCGCCAAUAUCGGUGACUAUACACCAGACCCCAACGCUGGCUUUGCAUCAGCUACCGAAGCUGCCUUGACCGUGUGCCGAUCUGCUGCCAAGGAAGCUUCAGUCAAGCGAUUUGUGGUAGCAGCUGGACUAUGGUCGGCAGUAUGGCCCAAGCCCGGGGAGACAAAGAGCAUCGGGAAGGAUACGUGGAACGAGGAUUUGGUCAAGGUCGCACAGGCGCCGCCACCAUAUGAGUUGAGCCGUAUUCUUCCAGUAUACCUGGCUGCCAGAGUUGACGCCGAGAAGGCGGUAUGGAAGUUCGCGAAAGACGAGAAGGUUCCUUGGGAAGUCAAUUCGGUUAGUCCUUGUUGGACUCUGGGCGAUCCUCUGGAUGCGAGACACUAUGGGCCUAUGCCUACCCAGCUCUUGCAGCAACUAUACCUUGGCAAGACAGAUGCCCUGAAGGAGAACACAACGGUCUAUUACACUCACGUCUCCGACGCAGCUGUCAUUUACGUGGCAGCAGCUAUCGACCCAGAUGUCAAAGGCGCUCGCAUUCCAGCACUGGCCAAGUCUUUCAACUGGAACAACGUUUUGGCUAUCAUGCGCAAAGCAUAUCCCGAGGAAGACUUUGAAGACGACUUUGUUCCUGGAGACCCUGUUUUAAGCUACAAGAUUGAGAACGAUAUUGCACCCGAGCUGCUGCAAAAGUGGGCUGGAAGGGAGUGGAUCAGUCUCGAGAAGGGAAUUACAGAGACCAUCGACUUUUCAAGGAAGCUGGGCAACUUGGACUAGUCCGGGAACUCGAGAUGAUGAGGUAUAUGUUGGAAAAGCUUUGAAUGUCUUUAUGUAACGUAUGAUCUGGACUUUGACAGGAUUCAGAGGAACGAAAACUUAUGGAAACGAGAUAUACAACUUCAACCCACGCCGGAGAAGGACAUAGAACGUAGAACGUUCUGCAUAUUGUAAAUACGUAGAUGAUGUCCUAAGCUUUGCUUGCAGGCUCUUCCAGUGGCUUUCUUCCGUAAACCACGUAACUAUAAAUACCAAUGUCAGCAG